AUGGGACCCUCGUAUACUUGGUACUAUCAAAGGACUGAUUCCCCUAUUCACAUACGUUUAGAUCGUAUGCUAGUGAAUGAGUACUGGCUAGCUUCGUAUCCGGAUUCCUACUGCCUCAUUAGAACUCCAGAUGGUUCGGAUCACUGCCCUAUUAUACUCAAAUCCAGUGAGAACUCUAUUUCUAGACAUCGCUUUCUCUUCAAAAAUUAUUGGGUUAAAUGUGAUCAAUUCUUGUAUAUUAUGUUUGAUUUUUUUGGCACCAAUGCCCAUGGGAAUCUUCUAGUGGAUUUGGCCUAUAAACUUAAGCAAUUAAAAAAUGUUAUUAGAGGUAAAAGUUGGGCUAAUUCGAACAAUAUGGCUGAUCAAUUAAAACUCCUUCAAAAUAAGCAAUUGGCUUGUCUUAACAAUCUGAAUUCUGGUGCUGAUCUUGUACAGAACUCUUUGGAGCUGAAAAAUGUAAACAUUAAAUUGGAGGUUGCUUCCUCCAUGUGGUUUUCAUGGAUUAAACAAAGAGCUAAAGCCAAAUGGCUCUCUCAGGGGGAGGAGGAUCUGAAGUUUCUUUAUGCUAGAAUCCGUUUACAUUUCUUCCCUCCUGGUAAUGUUAUUUCCACUGAACUUGGUAGAUCUCUUACGGAUCCUUUUACUGAUAUUGAAAUUAAGAAAGCAGUGUAUUCUGGAGCUUCCAAUUCCACGCAUGGACUAGAUGGCUUAAACUUUGAGUUUUUCAAGACUUCCUGGGUGGUUACUGGCACUACUGUUUGCAAUGCUAUCAAGAGUUUUCAUCAAAAUGCUUACAUUCCCCGCUCUAUUAAGGCCACUGCCAUCACUCUUAUACCUAAAUCUAACCAUGCUGAAACUUUAUCUGAUUUCCGGUCAAUUGCCUUGUGUAAUACCUCUUACAAAAUUAUUGCUAAACUUUUGGCCGUGAGGAUGAAGUCUUUAAUGGUCCAUAUUAUAAAAGGUAAUCAAGCGGGUUUUAUCCAACAUAGGAUUUCAACUAAUAAUGUCAUCCUUGCUAAUGAAAUUUUACAACAUUCUAGGAAAACCUCAAACUUCAAGCUAAUGUGUAUUAAGCUUGACAUUAAAAAAGCAUUUGAUAGUGUCUCUCGUGAAUUUCUUAUUGCUAGAAUGCUUCAAAAAUGUUUUCCUAACAUAUUUGUUGGGUGGAUUGAUGCAUGCAUCAAAGAGGUAUGUUUUGAGGCUCUUUCUGUUGGGGAUUAUAGGCUUUCUCAUCUACUAUAUGCUAAUGACUUAAUUCUGUUUGGUAAAGCUGAUCUUCCAAACUGUGAAAAAAUUACAAAAACUCUCAAGGAUUUCUCUAUUGCUUCAGGUCUUCAUAUUAAUUAUGAGAAAAGCUGUGAUAGCCAAUUUUCUGUACUCUUGGAAAGCAUCAUCAAGAAGUUGUCGGGUUGGAAGGCCAAAGCUCUAUCGUUUGCUGGUAGGCUGCAGUUUCUUAGAUACACUAUAUGGAAUUCGAUCGCCUACUGGAUUCGUGGUAGCAUAAUACCUAAAACUUUUAUAAAGCAAAUUGAUAGACUAUGUGCUAAAUUCUUAUAUUUUGGUGACUCUAGUGCCAAAAAAUUUAGUGCCAAAAAAUUACAUUUAAUUGCUUGGAGAAACACUUGUUUGCCGAAAGAGAAGGGUGGUAUAGGUUUGCCUUCAUUGAAAUCCUUACAGUUUAGCUAUAACUGUUCUCUCAUUAUUAUGAUUUAUAAUACUCAUUACCCUUUAAGUGUAUGGCUGUUCAAUGCUUACAUAUCUCCUUGGAAAGAACCCAUUUCUAAAGCCUAUGUGUUCUGGAAGAAUGUUGGUAAAGAUGCUCUCUUAGCUAAGCAGAAUUUUCACUUUACUGUUUCUUCUACUUCUAAGUUCUCUCUUUAUUGGGAUCAUUGGUGUAAGGAUUAUACACUUAAAGAGAUAAGAGAUGCUCAACCCCUGCUUUCUUCUUUCCCUGUUAAUGAGAGUAUAGCUGUGAUUAUAAAUGGAGUGCACUGGAGCUUGCCUGCUGCUAUGCGCGCCUUUGUUCACUCUGUUUUUUCUGCUAUUAAUAUUAAGGAAGGUUCACUAGAUAAUCUGUAUUGGGGAGAUGGUAAGAACUGCAAGCAUAAACAUUAUAGAGAGUUUUAUUUUAAUGAUUACCCGAAUGUUACCUGGUGGAAGUUUGUGUGGCACAAAAAGUAUGUCAUUCGUUUUUCUUCUUUUUGCUGGAUGGCUAUUAAGGGAGGUCUUAAAACUGCUGAUUCACUUUUUGCAAGGGGGAUUGAAGUUGGCUGGAUUGGUUUUUUCUCUGGUUGCUGGGUGCUCAUUGCUGUAUUGCUGAUGGUGGCAGGCUGGAAUUCUUCUCUGCGUCGGGUUGUUCACCUACGUCAAAAAACUGGGUUGCCGAGUUUGUCGAAGACGAGCACUAAAGAGGAGAAAAGCGCUCGAAAGAGGAAAGAGAUUGUUAACUUCGCAGGAAGGGCGCGAAAGAAGAAACAAAUGCAAUUCGAUUCGAGAUGA